GGUCUGCCUCCCUGUCAGAGCUCCAGGGAGAACAUAGAGCUGGCGUCAUCCUUUCGGCAAACCAAGAGAAGGAAGGGGGAGGGUAAGACAGCAAUGGGUAGGAGAAGGAGGGUGCUGUGUGUUUCUACCGCAUCAGCGCCAACAUCACUGCCUUCGUCACCGGAAAACAACAAGGACUGACUAGCUGAGACUAAAGAGAAAAAAUACUGUUAACAGUAGCAAAUCUCUUUCCAUCAGAUACGGAUUCCCACAUUAGGCCACUGCGUCUUCACCUUCCUUAGCCAGAGGCAUCAUCUCCCGAGAGAGAAAGAGGUCUUCUAGGCAUGCCUUGAGAAGAGAGGACAACAGCCAUCGCUCCAUCCUGUUAAGAUGGGAAAUCAGGAGGCAAAGCAAAAGAGAGCAGCGGUUUCAUCGGGUAAUGGAAGCUACCCUUCGCUAAAUGAAGGAUGGAGGGAAGGAGGAGGGGAUUUGACAAAAAGGGGGGGCAAGAAACUCAGCAAGCAGGGAGGUAAAGGAACAAACAGCAGUGGAGGAGGAGGGAUUCAUGGCACUGGACCAGGAAAAAAACGAAAUAAAUCUGACUCCAAGUCCUCCGUUUUUUCCCUCCGAAAAAGAAAGAUAAACCUGAAAGGCUCAUCAAUACCAGGUUUAAAUGAAGAUGAUUGGGCUUCUCAACAUGAUGAUCUGGACAGCACCAAAACACCUGACCUGUCUGCAGAUGAGCUAGGACACUCAGAUUCUGAGGCUGCAUUUCCUGAAAAGAGAAAGAAACCAGAACAGGAAAACAGGAAUAAAGACAGAAGAGAAGAGGAAAAGUCACACGUGCAAUUGAAAGCCUCAGCAGAAACCACAUCACCCACAGAAGAAGCAGGACCAAAGGGGGGUAGCUCAGGAUCGGACACUGAUAUAUACAGUUUUCAUUCAGCCGCUGACCAUGAGGAUUUACUUGCAGACAUCCAGCUUGCUAUUAGGCUACAGCAUCAGCAGCAAUAUGAUGGGGAGAACGCAAUCUCAGAGGUACAUGAAGGUGGAACGGGGGACCUGAAUUGGAGAGCAGCAGAGGAAUGGACUAAGAAAAGUAAUGGGGUGGACAAAGAAACUCAUCAGGAGGUGGUUGGUAUGACCCCAGAAUUAGAGGUAGGCUCUGAUGCACUAUCAUUCCUAGAGACAGAAAGUCAUGUUUCUGUCAAUCCCACAGACUCGCUUCCAAAUCUGUCAAGUAGCGAGACACACCUGUCCUUUCACACAGAGAUAAAGGGACAGGGGGAGGUCCAGGAAGGGCUGGGUCCGCCAAAGUUAAGUACGAAGAAGAUGAGAGAGGGUCAAGCCUUUCUUUGUAUUGCUACAGACCAGCAUGUGGACAUUUCCAUGGCAACUGGAAGUGUGACAGUCAGCCCAAUCACUAUGGCAACCUGUGACAAUUGUUCACCUAUAGUCUCAAGUGAAGGGAAAUGUCUUGGAAGGAUGGAGGAAGAAACGUUCAGUCCCCCUCCAGUCAGCAACAGUAAAAGUACUGAACAUGCAGAAAGACUUAGCUCAAGAGUUGUGUUUGAUGAAGGUGAUGGUCAGUUAGGCUCAGGCACCAGUGUAGAGUCCCUCGAGGACUGUGUUUUGACUAGUUCCAAAUCCAAUCAAUGUGAUGCUUCCUGCAAUGGUUCCUCACCCUCUGACCAGCUCUGCAGCAGGGGCAGCAUCUGCUUUAUCACACUGACGCCCCAGGGAAGCCCAAAGUUGGCAAAGCAGCUCUUCAAGUCCACCCAUUCCUCCAACUUUUAUAGCCAUGUGGUGAAAUCCUACCCCACUAUCUUUCCAUCCUACAUCAAGACCACUACGCGACAGCUCAGUACCCCAGGACACUCCCCAGCUUUAUCUCCUUCCCACAGCCCACUUUCUCCACGGAGAGCCCAUCUUCACAAUCGCAGGAUGGUGGGUGGAGAACCAGAAACUCACAGACAACGGUCAUUGAGCCUUACUGGGACUCUGAGCCGAUCAGCUGACUGGACAGAGGAGCUUGAAAAGAGGCUAAGAGGAAGAGAAGUGGAUGGAGGAGAGUAUCUGAUGGGCUACAGAGGAGGAGGCAGUCAACCCAUUUGUGCUACCAGAAGAUCCUCAUGUGGACAGGUCUCCCUCUGUGCUUUUCAGGAUGUCUUCACAGGUGAGCAAAGAACAUGCAAAAGUAAAAUUUUGAGAAGUCGUCACGUUCUUUCUUUAACAGAGAUAGAAGUAGCAAGAUAUUCCCAGAUGCUCUUCUGUUGAUGAAGUAGUAUUGAUGUUGUACAAUUAACUUAAUAUUUCAAAGUAAUGACUGAACAAAACUAACCCGAUGCAAGAUCAGUUCAUAGUACACUUCAUCUGUCUCAAUUUUGGUAUUUAUUUGUCUGUUUCAAUGUUUUCUUCAUGUCAAGGUUUCUACAAUACAUGAGUUUUAGAUUUUGGCCUCGUUUUCAGCCUAGUAUUAUUGGGUCAUGUGCCACAUUGAAGUCCACCUGCUCCCCAUUAAAGUGUCUAUUUGCGAGUGAAAAUGUGUCGGAGUAAUACUUUUGUAAUCAACUAUGGCGCCAUGUAUUCUGACCACCAUGUUUUACUGUGUCCACAGUCUUUUCUGGAUCAUAGGUAGAAUUAGUUUUCCACUACACUUAAAAUUUUGCUUGUUGGUUGUGAGGUUAAUUUACAAACCAGAUAAAUAA